AUGAUCAUCUUCAAACUCACGUCGAUUCUCGCCCUCACUACGAUGGCCGUGGCCUUGCCUGCCAAUACCUCUCCGGAAGCUGCCAACAACGCAUCCUCUAUUGCUAAGUGUAAAGAUCCGGAUCACCAUUGCGUGAAAUCCUACAAACUGUGCAAGGAGUGCUGGCAAAACCCGUGCUGCCGAGACGACCAGGUGUGUAGGUGGUUCGACGAACCUUGGUGGGUGGUCUGGCGAAACUGGGAGAGGGGAGAUGCUAGAUGUCAGGAGCCCUUGUCGACCGAUAGCGGUGAAGCCACAACAUCCGUAACCUUGCUUGCGGAUAUCACGCCAGCAACAGGCAACACAACCACCAUUCUUACCCAAGAGCACCAACUAGAGACCCGUCAAUCAGAGACACACGUGGCACAGGUAGAUUGCUUCGAGGAUGAAGCAGAGUGCUGGCUAAGCGGUCCAACGUGCUGCAAUGACAACAUGGAGUGCCGGGGAAAAUUGAGUAUCCAUUGGCCCUGGGAGAAGGCUGAACACCUCGCGUGUCGUAACAAGACACCAGAGUAG